AUUCAGUCUGGUCAGAUGAUCAGCGCGCGUGGUUUGUUUGCUAAUCGAUCAACUAACAUGAGAAACCUCUUUGCCGAACCAUUAUGACUACAGAACAUUGAUUUUUAGUAGUUCUUGGACUCACUGGAUCUAUAUAAACCAGCUUUUCGGUCCAGAUGAUAUAUAUAAAUAUACGUGAAUAUGUAUGUGUUCUACUACCAUUUAUAUAUUCGAAUAUUUGGGUGUGAAUUAGAACUACGAGGCUUAUUUUGGUCUAGCUUGUUCAGCCUUGGCACUUCCACUUGUCUGUGAUUCUGUCUCCCGCCUCUGUAUUUCGACAUAUCAUGAUAUGUCGGCAUUAAAUGUUACAUUGAAUAUUAUUGGGUUUGUUUGGUUUUAGUAAUUCAGUGGAGUUGGGUCUCCAAUCUCCAGUUAAAAACUGCAAAACCUAAAUUUAUUCGUGAAAUCCCACUUAUGGAUUUUAACUUCAUUUGUUAUUACUGAUACAAUUGAAUGAGGCCAUCAGAAUUGCAUAUUAGGAUAGAUCCAAAGUUGCGUGUAAGGGUUGUUUUUCAUUACAAAUCCAUUUUGCUUUAAGUAGUGAUGAAAUGUGUUGGAGACCUAUACGGGACUCACAAAUUAGGCUUUACUCGUACUACAGAUAACGCAGUUUUAGAACUGAGACAUCAAUCUAACAUACUUUCCUACAUUGUGUCCUAAAGAUCAAACGUUAGUAAGUGGUAGUCUGACGGGAAGAUCCAUUUCGGUGGAUAGGUUUAGUUAGUAUCCAGUUGAUUGUUAACUGUCUUUACUCACAAAUAUGACUCCUUUAGUUUUAACGUUUUCUUAGAGAUUUUACAUUUUGUAUACACUUUCUAUUAUCACAGAUAGUUCCUUUUCACUCUUUGGAAAUCCUAUAAACUGUAAUUAUUGUGCCCAUUUGUUCAUAAGGCUUUUCAUCAUAGUCACUGACACAUCCACUGAGUUAGUAAUAAUUAUUCUGGUGAUUUCUAUUUACAUAUUUUAACUAAACUCCUAUAAAUUUUCAUAGUAAGCCUCACAUGAUGUUAAGCUUCAACCAAAUUACACGCGUCACUUCACUAAUCGUUUUUCCUCUUUUCCUCUUUUAUUACUGCUACGCUAAGCAUUCGUUGUUUGUUUCCCCUGUUUGAUCGAAAUCUAAAUGCAUCCGGCACUUUUUAUAUUGUUUAAUCUAUUGAAACUUGGGAGUAAGCUUUGUGAUAUAGCAGGUGUUUAAGUAUGCAAAUUGAUAUAGACAUUGUCUAGGUCAGUAUUUUGUCAAUAACUGAGUGGUAAACGAGGUUGUGAAAUGGACAAUAUUUGGCUCCAAACCCUUAUAUUUUUGUGAAAAUAAGUUAGCUAUUUUGGAAAACCAAUUAGUAUUCGAAAUCGGUAGCAAAAGUUUAAAGCCAUAUUUCCUAAUCAGAAAACCGAAUCUACCUAUGCUGUCAUUGCUAUCACAACUCGGCAUAUACAUGCUUGUGUUCAUAGUACUAUCAUUUUUAGUACGCCACGAUAAAAAGAACACAAAUAAUGUCUCUGAAAGUAUUUAACCAUAAGUAUGAAAUAAAAGUUAGGGUGUGUGAAUGAAAUGAAGAGCCAAAAGAUACAGUCAUAACAGAGAUAUUGUGUAAGCUCAACAGUAAUCAUUCAAGCCGCUUUAAGAGAUCUCUCAUAUCGCAAAGUUUUACAUAAUUAUACUAUUUCUCAGUCCCCUUCAUAUGUUUUCGUUAUCAAUAAAACGCUUUCGUUGCUCAAAGUUGUUUGUGUGUUUGACAAAAAAAUUGUCCGUUUAGGCGUUUGACAAACUUGUCCUCCAAAAUUCCUUUGUUAUAACCAAAUAGGCAACCUUUGUUACUGCACGUAAGUUUAUAGCACACUGCAAGGCUCUUCUCCCUUUUGUUCCAUGUUAGUAAUAGUGUCAAUUGUUCUCAACUCAUUUUGCCUACAGUGUGGUUUAUGUGGUUAGUUUCGUAAUUUUUCAGAACGGAUCAGGAAACACUGAUUGCAGAAAAUGGGAGGACGUCUACUUGAUGUAUAUUUCGAAUCAAUGCCCGACAGAUAGUAUUUCAAUCAAGGGAACAUUGUUCUUAACAGAUCAUGGAUCAAAAGUAAGUAUUCACUGGGUACCCCAUCAUGAUCAAGACUCGUCAUUAUCCCAAGAAGAUAGAAAAGGUUAUGAAAUCGAUAUUAGGGAUAUGGAUUUUCUUGUUAUACGAAAGGCCCCAUGCUUUCCUUGUCGUGGAGUGUAUUUAUCCUUAAAAUCACAAAAACCUUAUGGCCCAUUCGAGUUCCGUAAAGGUGGUUCAAGUUCAUUUUUGCAAAGUUUGAGUAGUUUGGCUGACGUUAGAAGAUGUCAUGAUGAUGAGAAUCGGUACAUUAUCAGACCUCGCCCACAAUAUAAUUUUGCUUCUAAUUACCAUCUUCCUGAUCCUUUUGUACAAAACAAACGUCAUUUCAGUUCAGCAAGAGUGGGAGGGGCAGGGCUGGUCGGGUCCCCUUUUUCCGGCCAGUUAGGUGCUUCAUUAAGAAAUAUUGGAAUACAUGUCAACUCAAUUGUCAGUACUAUAUUGUCACCCAAUCUAAUCGAUGAAAAUAUAGCACCAAAUAACGGUUCAUCUGAAGAGUAUUUUGCAAAAUGUAUUGCAGAAGAUCUACAGAAAAUCGAGGCUGCACGUUUAAGAACUACCGAUGAUGAAGGGGGAUUCGCUGUUGUUGAACGAAGACCCAAUCCUAUUUCCCUUCCACCAAUGCCCACUGUUCAGCGUUCCCUUCCACUGAAUAUGACCCAAUGGAAAAGGUCACUAGAUCCAGAAGGUCGUGUAAAUCGACCUGAAAAUUUACGUGAAAUAAUAUUCAACGGCGGUAUUGAAAAUGAUUUAAAACCAAUAGUAUGGAAGUAUUUACUCGGUUAUUAUCAAUGGACUUAUACAGCAGAAGAAAAUGAAAGACUAAAAGCUGAAAAAAGUCGUGAAUAUCACAUCUUGAAGACAUUUUGGAAGUCAAUGUCCCCUGAUCGAGAAGCUAGGUUUGCAUUGUUUCGUGAUCGUAAAUGUUUCAUUGAUAAAGACGUUCCACGUACUGAUCGGAAAACUGAUUUUUACUCAGAUGAUAGUCAUGGGAAUUUGACACGUCUUUCAGAUAUACUUAUCACGUAUACUAUAUAUAAUAUGGAUUUCGGUUACUUCCAAGGAAUGAAUGAUUUACUCGCAUUAAUACUUUAUGUUAUUAAAGAUGAAGAAGAUUCGUUUUGGUGUUUUGUUGGUUUAAUGAACAGACUAGAAUCUAAUUUCAAUGGUGAACUCAAUGCCGUCAGAGAACAAUUUAAUCAAUUAUUUUCACUGAUUGAAAUAGUUGAUCCAACUUUCAGUGAAUAUCUUGAAUCGAAAAGCGCCAAGGAAAUGCCAUUUUGCUUCCGCUGGUUGUUAAUUCAUUUCAAACGAGAGUUCUCAUACAAAGAUACUAUGACUUUAUGGGAGGCGUUUUGGACAGAUUAUCGGACUAAGAAUUUCCAUAUCUUUUUCGCUGCCGCUAUACUUUUGUCUCAAAGAGAUAAUAUCAUGAAUAGAAAAUAUGAUGCAAACAGUAUACUGAAGCAUGUGAAUGAAUUAUCCAUGAAGAUUCCACUGGAGAACUCUAUAAUUCGUGCUACAGCCUUGUUAGGCCAGCUGGAACAGAUCUCUGAUUCUUUACCACAUUCUGUGCAGGAUAUUAUUCAUGGACAGUCUUUAGCAACAUCUAGACAUGUUAAUGACUGCAAAGAGAAAAACACCAGUUGUACAGAGCGUUCAUCAUCUAUUUAUGAUUAUUCACCAACCUUGUUAAAUGAGGAACUAGAAGUAUUAAUGGAUAAUGAAAUGUUCGAUCCAAAUAAAGAUAUAACUAAUCAGUCCAUUUUAAUGAUCCCAUCUAAUAGUAAUAGACAAUUCUUCUAGUGACAAACUAUAUAUAUAUAAUGCUUAACACAGAUACCAGGUUUCAAACUCCUCAAAAAUGUACUUUAUAAGCUCUCUUUUCAAUUGGACCUACUAAAUAACUGCUGUGUUAUGAAAAAUGUGCUUAUGACUAUUUUCCUAUUUCUAUGUGUCACAUAUUCAACGUAAACCAGGAGCAUCCAUCACCUAGGAGACUUAGUAUGGUUCUCCCUUCUGUUCAUGUAUACAUUUAUCUACUUACCCUUAAAUUUAUUUGACUAUAUCUUUUUAUCUUUGUAAUUUUUCCUCUAUCAGCACUGUGAUUCUACUUUUAAUAAUGACUUUUCUUCUAGCUGUUGAAAAGAAAUCAAAAUAUUUCUUCGAAGAAAAGUAAUUCAUUGAAUCUUCAUCUCCUUCAAAUGUUUUUCUUAAAGAUAAUUAGUCUCCAGGAUACGUAGGAACAUUGUGAUAGUGCCAUACUGCCGAAAGAAAAACAACCGUUUGAUCGAUUAGUUAACCUGCACAGAUUCCUAAUAAGUGAAUUUUGGUGAUAUUAUAGUUCUGUAGAAUCAGUUCCAAUGUAAUGUAGUCUAAACAUUCUCAAGUAAUAAAUAGUCACGAAGUACUUAAAAGGUUAUUUAAAUUGUGCGUACAUGUAGAAACUUUUAAAAGAAAGUAAGGCCUCAAUAUGUCCGUGGGGAUCACUCUUAUGCUCUCUUUUGUGAUAACUUGAUUGGUAUUUUUCCUGAGAUAACACUUUCUAAAAGUCCACAUAGAAUGCUGCAGGGAAAAAUGGGUUUUAGACUUAUAAACAGGGCAACAUAGGAUUAACAUGAACCGACUACUUAUUAAGUCACGGGAUGUAAAUGGGGAUAAUAGUUCAUCAUAUAAUUUCGAUAAUGUAAU